AAAGUAAAAUAAAAUAAAAUGAUGAACUCUAUAUAUGUCGUAUAGCUUUAGAUUCGUUGUUCAGUGCAAGAGUUGGGUGAGAAAAGAAUCACUACUACUUUUUAUAUAUUAUCAAAACUACUUCGGUAUUCAUUUUUCUACAAUGUCCGUCUAUUCCUAUGCAACCGCGUUGACAGCGCUUAUAGCCACUACCACAGCGCUAGACACACGCCAAGUAACCGUCGACGCAUGUUCGUGUGAAGGUGCAGUGCGAGCUAAUGUCUGCUACGACUCCUUAGCUGCUGCUAUCGGAGCUUCAGGAGAGGGCGAUACAAUUACAAUCGGGAACACGCUUAAUGUGGACGCCCCGAUCGAGUUUUUAAUAGGAUUGACGUUUGAGGGUAAAACCUGCGAAGGUACGAAGGCGAAGUUGGUCGCCACGUUCGACGACCCUCUGCGUGCCAUGCUUGAACCCAUGAAUGAAGAUAACACUUAUAUCCAGAACAUCGUCAUGAGCGAUUUCGACGUCACAUCAUCUGACGGUGUUCGAGCGGCCAUGCUGCACACCCCUGGAGAUGAGGCCAUCACGCCAGAAGGUCGUGUUGGUCUAACCUUGAAGAAUAUGAAUGUCUACGACAUGUUGAGUGAGUAUAGUGGAGUGGCUGUCUGGGUGGGUAACGGAGCGAACAUACUAAUCGACGAUGACUGCAAAUUCACGAAUCUCGCAGUCAGAACGGAUGUAGAGUUCAGAUACUAUGGUGGAGCCGUCACUGUGAAGUACCUGGGUCAAGACUACACCAUGGAUAUUGGGGGUACAUUCACGAACAACAGUGCAUUCAUGCCUUCUUUGCACACAGGAGGAGCGGCGUUGAUGUUCGAGUGGAUUGAGGGCGAUACUAAUAUUAAGGGGGUGUUCAAGAAUAACAGGGCUAACCAGGGAGCUGUUACCCACAUCUUUGGGCUUCUAGGCAAUAUGGUUUUGGAUGGAACGUUCGAGGGCAAUGAAGCGGUUGAAGAGGGUUACGGGUCACGCGGCGGUGUUGUACGUAUGACUACAAUGUAUGAAGGUGGUAAUUUGACUUUAUUGGGUACGUACGAGAAUAACGUCAGUGGUGGGCGUGGUGGUGUAAUCGCUUCAGAUGAUCAUCCCGCUGGAUCCACGAUGACGCUGAAUGGCAAGUUUAUCAAUAAUACGUGUUUGAACAGCGGUAGUGGAGCUGUAUGGAGCCAGUGGUCUAUCUUGCCCGUUAGCCCGUUUGAAGGCGACGUGACGAUCUUGGGUACCUCCAGUUUCGAGGAUAACACCUCUCCUUACGAUGAUAACAGGAGUAGUAUUUGGAAUAUCAAUAAGGUUGGCAAGUUCUCUGAAGAUGACUGGGAGAGUGAAACAAAGGUCGCGCCCACGUACACAGAAUAAGUCAUCGGCGUUGCCGAUCUCGCAGAAAUAUACAAAUAAUCAUGUUAAUCAAUACACUUCAUAGUUGAGA